UGGGCGGGAGUGAGGAAGGGGAAACUGUGCCAGUGAAGGGAGCAGUGUCAAGGUCUGUCCUUUCCCUUGUGAACUGUGAAUAAUGCAGUGAUUUGUCCUUUUUCCCAGGAAAACCCCCGACCUGUUUGUGGUGAUCCCAGAAAGCUGAGCAGGGCACCAUGACCAGCCCCCAGCCAGUAAAAACCUUCAAGAAAUCUGCUAUCCCAGGGGUUCUCAUCACCCAGUUUGUGAAUGAUGUUCCGGAAGGAUGCAGUACACCUGACUUUGAGAGGAAACCUCUCACCCUGACCCUGCAGGAAGGUAAAAAUGCCAUUUUCAGAGCUGUGGUCAAAGGUGUCCCAACCCCAGAGGUGAAAUGGUCACGUACACGAAAAGGGAUGGAUGACCCUGCCAAGUAUGAAAUGUCCUUCAAUAGUGCUACGAAUGAAUUCAUUCUGCAGGUAAAGAUCAAAUAUUCCAGAAAGGACUUGUGGAACUUGAGAGAGAAAUGA